UUGGAGCUGGAGUAGCCCAUCCUCUGGUGUUGGUGUUCCAUAGGGAAAUACAAAGCAAGGUCCCAAGAAAUAUUGGAGUUUGCCACACUUUCCUUCUCAACUUUCUUAUGAGCCCAGUCAGCCUCGGGUACCUAUCUGGAAAGAUCAGGGAAAAGACUUCUUAGUCACGGGAAGUUCUUCUCAAGAUUGGCCUCUGACUCUUUUCCCUUCUUCUACUUCUAGGGUCAGAGAAUAGAUUGGUGGACCAAACUGUUGUGUCAAUGUUAAUACAACAGCCUCAUCUGGGGGAAGAGGUCGCUUUUGACCUGGACAGGAGGUUGAGAAGGAGGAAGAACAAUGGUCUAUGUCUAAUGGAAGGCCCAGAUGUGAUGGAAACAUACCCAAAGCCUGGCAAGCCCUAGAAAGCAAAGUGCUGAGUAACAGCAGAAUGGCUGUGCCUCAGACUUUCCCUCUGGGGCCGCUCCAUGAUUCUGCAGGUUCUGAGAUGGAGCCCCAGCCCUGCACUCGAAGCUUGGCUGAGGGCUUCCUGGAGGAGGAACUGCGACUCAAUGCUGAGCUGAGCCAACUGCAAUUUUCAGAGCCUGUGGGCAUCAUCUACAAUCCGGUGGAUUAUGCUUGGGAGCCACAUCGAAGUUAUGUGACUCGCUACUGCCAGGGUCCCAAGGAAGUGCUAUUCCUGGGCAUGAACCCGGGACCUUUUGGCAUGGCCCAGACUGGGGUACCUUUUGGGGAAGUCAAUGUGGUCCGGGACUGGUUGGGCAUUGGUGGGCCUGUGCUGACCCCUCCCCAAGAGCACCCUAAGCGGCCAGUGCUGGGAUUGGAGUGCCCACAGUCAGAGGUGAGCGGUGCCCGAUUCUGGGGCUUUUUCCGGAACCUCUGUGGGCAACCUGAGGUCUUCUUCCGUCACUGUUUUGUCCACAAUCUGUGUCCUCUGCUUUUCCUGGCUCCCAGUGGACGCAACCUCACCCCUGCUGAGCUGCCUGCAAAACAGCGAGAACAGCUCCUUGGGAUCUGUGAUGCAACCCUCUGCCGGCAGGUGCAGCUGCUGGGGGUGAGGCUGGUGGUGGGAGUGGGGCGGCUGGCGGAACAAAGGGCACGGAGGGCUCUGGCAGGCCUAAUGCCAGAAGUCCAGGUAGAGGGACUCCUGCAUCCCUCUCCACGAAGCCCACAGGCCAAUAAAGGCUGGGAGGCAGCAGCCAAGGAAAGACUCAGUGAGUUGGGGCUGCUGCCUCUCCUAUCAAAAUGAGUGCCCUGGGGCCUGGCAUAACCCCCACUCAAGGCUCUCAAGUCAUUCUUGACUACACAAGAGUGCACAAGCAGAUGACUACACACCUGUUGAACUGGAGCAACCAGGGCUUCCUGGGGCUCUCUUGUCAAGGACCUUGUUCUUUGUUCUGUCCCACUGUCCUCUGACAUGCCGAGGCUGUGUCUAAUCACAUGGUGGGUGAUUACCAAGACACUACUGCUUGCCAUCCUGCUUCCUGCACCUUCUUUUGAGCAUUGCCCCCUUCAUCUUCCAGUAGUGGACUCCACAAGUGCCUCAGCAGAAGGUGGGCUUUGUGUGACUGCCCUACCUCAUGUUUCCUUGGGCACCUCCAUGCAGCAGAGGGACUCCUAGACAGGGACCUCUAAAGUCAUAUUUGCUGUUUCAGAGGAAAGCGUUUUAAGAUUUUUUUAUUGACACUUUUAUUUUCAGUGCUGUGGUUUGAACCCUCAACCUGUGCACACUAGGAAAGUACUCUAUCACUGAGCUGCAUUCCUUGUCCCAUUGACAUGGAUUAAUUGUACAUAUUAAUGGGGUCCCAUACACAAGUACAGAAUGCACCAAUUGAAUCUGGCCUCUCUGUCCACCUUCCCCCAUCCUCACACCCUUCCCAACCAGGAGGAAGUUCUUGCCAGGAUCACUACUCAUUUUUAGAGAACAACUUCCAUCAACUGCCCAGGAUAAAGCAUGGGACAUGAUGUGAGGAGUGCACUUCUUAUGGAAGACUGAGGCUGAAUCACAGGGAGAACUCAGUGUGGCAAACUAGGAAAGUCAGAAGAGGACUGGGAAUGUGGCUCCCAUGGUAGAGGACUGGGAAUGUGGCUCCCAUGGUAGAGCACCUGUCACUAGUGAGUGUGAGACCUGAGCUCAAACCCCAGUACCACACACAUACACACACACAAAAGACGUGAAUUUUUAUCCUAGUUUUGAGACUUGGGAACUUUAUUUUAUUUUUUCUUUUUGAGAGGCUUGUGAAUUCUUUGGCUAAAUUAAUUAACCUUCCUAAGCCUCAGAAUCCUUAUCUGUAGGAUAGGGAUGCCUCCCUCAUGAAGUUGGUGUGAGGAUCAGCUGAGAUAUCACUUAAAAGUGCCUUGCAAAGGCCUGCUCACUACAUACUCUUCUUGUUUUCUUGCUGUGGGCUGGGGAGUCACUACACUACAAGGGAAGCCUCUCCCUACUCUGAAGACCUACUGGAGUGAGUCUAGGCCUCAACUGGUGGCCUGGACGAGGGGAAAAUCCUGCCAGAAAUGGACCAAUGACUUUAUGGAAAACCCACCCUGUGUUUUUUUUUUGUUUGUUUUUUUUGUUUUAGUGUAAGCAUUAAAA